AUGCGACCAGAUGUGUUCAUCCUUUUCAUCAUGAAUGGCACAUACAGCUCACCGUAUUUUGUACCGCGGUUCCGGGAGGCGCUGUUCCACUACUCUGCAAUGUUUGACAUGAUGGAUGUCACGACCCCACGGGAUAGUGAUCUACGUGUUCUGGUUGAGCGUGAUCUCUUUGGUCAGUGUGCCCAGAAUGUCAUCGCUUGUGAAGGCUUGGACAGGGUCGAGCGCCCUGAGACAUAUAAGAAGUGGCAGUUGCGGAACUACCGUGCAGGGUUGAGACAGCUGUCAUUGGAUCCCGAUAUUGUCAAGGCCCUGCAGGAGAGUGUCAGGGACAAAUUUCAUGAGGACUUUGUCACUGAUGUGGAUCUUCAGUGGCUCCUGGGAGGGUGGAAGGGACGCAUACUCUAUGCAAUGUCGACACGGGCUGCAGCUGAUGCUAUCUCGGAUUCUUAG